AUGAUAGGUGCAGAGGAGUGUCUAGGAAAUUCCUAUAUUUCUGUUGAACUGACGAAAGAUGCACAAGUCCUGGAAGACAUUACUUUGGUCCCUGAUGAUCUGGCUCUGGAAAGCGUGAAAGCAGCUGCACAGCAUGCUUGUCCAUAUUGUCUUCCUGAAUCAGACAAUUUUCAAGCAAUAAUGACGGAAAUAUCUUCUCUUCAGGUCACAUCGAUUUGUCAUAUACCGAAACGAGUUCGACCUCUUCUUUCAGAAAUCUUAGCAUUAGAAUUUCAACAGUCUGUCAAUAGCGAUUUGUGGGGUUUCGUACGUUUGUCUCUCUUUGCUAAAGCAGUUUUGAGACCACCACUUCGAGGAGGUAAGAAGAAGAGGCAUGUUGUAAGUGCUUGUCUACUCUCACGUUUGCAACAAUGGCAAGCAGGAGAUCUGGUAUCUUUAUGGAGCGAAGUUAGAAAUGAUGCCAUUCAUAACAUCAAGGUUCGCAAGUCGUUUACUUUGUCCCAGAGAAACACACGACAUGCCUUGUUUCUGGCCAGUGAGGGUCGCUAUGGAGAUGCUAUGCGGUCAUUGAGAUCUAAUGGUUGUGCUCCUGUGAAUGAUUUGGAUUCUUUUGAAGAACUCAAACUUCGCCAUUCUUCUCAACCAUUGCCAGAAUGA